GUGCCGCUUCCUGUCACAAGAUCACUAGUCCUGAACAACAUCGAGGUUUGGCCCUUCGCAAGAUGGGGUUAAUUCCUGACACAGAUUUAUUCGUCCUCAUGUUUUCUUUGGACCUGAGCUCAAAAAGAGUAGCAUAGAGAGCCGAGUCUAGCCAGUCAGUGUGGCCUAAGCGCAGGAAAAAAAAGAGGGAGGUGGACUUGUUAUUUCCCCUGCAGCAGGUCCUGGUGGGGCGGAGGAGGUGUAUGGAAGUACAGUAAAGGGUUCCACCUUUCAUUUCAUCCCAGUGAUAACUUGCUGCCAAGAAUGUGGUAUUUUACUUGGCCCAGAGAAACACAAUGAUGCCGGGCCAGCUUUAAACAGCAUCACAUUCCACAGACACAGAAAAGAGUGGUGGAGAUGCACUGUGCUUGAUUUGAAGCACACACCCUUUUCCUGACCCUCUGCAGCUGUUGCCUGAAACAGGAAUAUCAUCAUCAUCAUCGUUUCGUUGUUGUCUUUGUUUCAUCUUUUUUGCAUAUCACUACUGAUAGCAAUGUAAGUCUGCAAAAGUCCAUACUAAUUGAAUCAGUCACCAGAUUUUCGUGUUUUCUUGCUGACCUCAGAACCCCUGAAAUAAAUGAAAUGAGUGUCCUUCAUGUUUUCGACUUGAUUGAAAACUCAUAUCUGAUUAAUAUUCUUUUUUGUUCUCGAAAGAUACAAUUAGUGGGUUGCAUGUGUAAAUCCUGAGAGCCCGGGAUGUAGGAGCAGAAUAACCAAACAGCAGUUUCUACCCCAAUGGAGUGGAGAAGGCUCCUUAGACACUUGUCUGACAUUCACUAACACCGUUCUACUCAGAGAUGAAAUUUUAAUUAGAAUGCAAUUAGCUGGAGUCGAGCUGCUAUCGCUAGUCUGCUGCUGAGAGAAAAGAGGAGAACAAAAGCGAUUCAUUCAUUUUUUAUUGCGAAAAUAAGUCAACCAUUCAACUGGUUAAAAAAAGCAUUUAAUUUGUUUCAUUUAAGAUGUUUGCUGAGUUGACAAAUCAUAUUAAUACAAAUGUUGAUUUAACUGCAGGGAACAGCAGGUCAGAGUCACACUUUUGACCAUUUCUGUGCACAAAUUAUUAAGGUGUCCCAUGCGAAUAAUAGUUAGUGCCCCUGAAGAUGAUGUAAAAGUAUUCUGUUUUGAUUACCACGUGGUAGAAGUGCCGAUCUUGUUAGUGACAGGUUUACAGCUGCAGCAAACAACAACUAGAUUCUUUGCUUCAGAAUUUUAUCAUUAAGUUAAUGCAUUCAUUUCGGUAUACAUCUGCUUGAAGUAAGUAGUUGUUAAUUUGGGGGAGUAAAUGACUUGAAUGAGUUGUACAGGUAUCAGUAUUUUUAUCCCUUAUAGCUGCCAGGUUGCGUAGAUCACAAAGUGGGUUAUUUUUAAAAUAUUUCUGAAAAUCCAGUUAUAAAAUCAUUCUUUCAUCCUGCUUCCUGUCUCUGGUUAUUGUUGAGACCUGAAACAAAGAUGACCCCAGGUCAGUAAUGACUAACUGGUAAUUAGACUUACCAUACAGUGGCAGGGAGACAGGAAGAGUCAAGGGUCAAACUCUGACCGGAUGGUGUGUGCAUCAUUAUGUGUAUAUGUGUGUGCCAUAGUAUUAGUGAGGGUGGGGGUAAUGGAUUUAGAGCCAUGUGUUUAGCUGACUAGCACAUUAAGCACUGAUUGCCUUGUGACAGAGCAUAUGAUUAGUGUAUUGACACAGCGUUGAGUAAUGAAACCAGGCGGAGCUCACAGCGGGGGCCAGACGAUGUGGCUAACUGCCGCCUAGCAGAUCCUUCUACCCAUCUUUCUGUUCCAUUAACACCUGCUGAUCGUGACACUGUGUUUAUUACCCACAGGACCAGUGGGAUUUCUCAUGCACACUGCAGACAGGAGUCGACUGCUCAGUUUCCAGUCUACCUUUCUCAGUGCGCUCAUCUCUGCAUGGCAGCUUGAGACAGUUUCCAUGGUCUAUUGAUGCUCCCUUGUUUAUGUUUGCUUGGAAGGGGCUUAUCCCUGUGUCAUUUUGCUACCUCACACUAAUCAUACUCAGGAGCCUGAUGAUUUACUCUCUCUAAAGAUACACAUGGGUAAUGAGAAGACCGUGGAGAUAAAACAAGUCAGUAGAGGAUUCAGGGACAUUGUGGUCUGCAGAGGUGGCACACGGGCUGGCGGGUGGGCUGUUGCAGUGGCAGGGAAGACAGCUGUUUGCUGGAAUGCGGCCCUUGAGGAGUGUCAGGAGGAAGUGGUUUUAUGGUCGUCCAUCGCCGCCCUGCAGCUGCUGCCCAGGGCAGCUCAGAAGCUGAACUUGUCCUCCAAGCGGAAGAAGCAUCAACCCUCAUUGCUCCACCCACAGGAGCCAUCCAUUUACCCCACUAAUUUCAGUGGCAUCCUGCAGGUCUCGCCGCCCCCUGCCCCGCCAUGCCUGCUCCGAGCCGUGUCCAAAGUGAAAGAGAACCCAGGCAUGGGAAAGGUGAAAGUGAUGAUGCGUAUCUGUCCGUCUCUGGAGGCUGCAGACUCCUCAGAGUCUCAGUCCUUCUUGAAAGUGGACAGCAGGAAGAAGCAGCUGACCCUCUACGACCCUGCAUCCAGCCCACACUCCAGUUCAGGACACAGGAGAUCUGCCACUGUGGCUGUCCCAAAGAUAUUCGCCUUCGAUGCUGUUUUUACCCAGGAUGCCUCACAAGCUGAGGUGUGCUCAGGGACGGUAGCUGAGGUCAUUCAGUCUGUGGUGAAUGGUGCAGACGGCUGCAUCUUCUGCUUUGGCCAAGUCAAGCUUGGCAAGACAUACACCAUGAUUGGUAAGGACAGCACCACUCAGAGCCUAGGCAUUGUGCCCUGUGCCAUUUCUUGGCUCUUCAAGCUCAUCAAUGAGCGCAAGGAGAAGACGAGUACCCGGUUCUCUGUCCGAGUGUCUGCGGUGGAAAUCUUUGGGAAAGAUGAGGAGCUGAAGGACUUGCUGUCUGAGGUGUCAACAGAGAGCUUACAGGAAGGCCAGUCCCCGGGCAUCCACCUGAGGGAGGAUCCCAUCUGUGGCACUCAGCUCCAGAAUCAGAGUGAGCUACGUGCCCCGACAGCUGAGAAAGCUGCGUUCUUCCUGGAUGCAGCUAUCGCCGCACGCAGCACCAGCAGACCCACUGCAGAUGAAGAAGAUCGACGGAACUCCCACAUGCUGUUCACACUGCACAUUUACCAAUACCGCAUGGAGAAGAGUGGCAAGGGAGGAAUGUCAGGUGGACGGAGCAGGCUGCACCUCAUCGACCUGGGGAGCUGUGAAAAGGUCCUGAGUAAAAGCAGAGAUGGAGGGGGAGGCUUAUGUCUUUCUCUGAACGCACUGGGAAAUGUCAUAAUGGCUUUAGCAAAUGGAGCAAAGCAUGUACCUUACAGGGACAGCAAACUGACAAUGUUGUUGAGGGAGUCCCUUGGCAACAUCAACUGCAGAACCACCAUGAUCGCCCACAUCUCCGAUUCCCCUGCCAACUAUGCUGAUUCACUCACCACUAUCCAGCUGGCAUCCCGUAUCCACCGCAUGAGGAAGAAGAAAUCUAAGUAUGCGUCAAGUUCAUCUGGAGGGGAAAGUUCCUGUGAGGAAGGGAGGAUCCGCCGACCACCCCACCUCAGGCCCUUUCAUCCCCGAACUGUAGCCCUGGACCCAGACCUACCCUCAGUUCUCAGUGACCCAGACUACUCCUCUAGUAGUGAACAGUCUUGUGAUACUGUCAUUUAUGUGGGCCCUGGGGGGACUGCGAUCUCAGACAGGGAGCUGAGUGACAAUGAAGGCCCACCUGCUUUUGUUCCAAUCAUCCCCUCCCUGAACAAGAAAAAGUCUACAAAAGAAGGCCCUUUGGACAGAGACCAGUUCUUUAAAUGCAACACAUUUGCUGAGCUGCAGGAAAGGCUGGAGUGCAUAGAUGGCAGUGAAGAACCCACUGCCUUUGUCGGAGAGGGCAAGCGAAGCCAGGCUAGUCCCAAAACUGACAAAUCUAAAGAGAGCCAAGGCUCUGUUUCACCAAAGACUGUAUUAAAUACUUCUUAUACCCAAGAGGGCAUCUCACCCAAACAAUCUCCUAAAUCUGUUGCCACACACCCGUCCUGCAGUCCCAGUACUAAAUCUAAACUGGACAGUGCCAAGAUGCAAAACAAACCACCAUCAGACAAUGUUCAAAAUGUAUGCAGAACCAGCGCUGAUGGUGAGAAAGCCUUGGUUUCAGAAAGCGGAGUUAGCAUUAACAAAUCUAAUUCUGAGCCUGUGGUGAGGGAGAAGGUCUACUUCAACAAGAAAGUUCUGCCAAAACCAGCCCCACCUCCUUCACAACAGAGAGAUUCCAGCAAGGAAAAUACAGACAAUGAAGAAAGAUCCAGCACCAGAAUGCCUCCUGUAGGAAUGAGCCACCAAGCAGUGAAAAGAAGGGAUCUAUACACUUCCCCUGUGCUCAGAUCGCCAGUGGAGGUUUGCCAGGUGCGCUCUACCUUGAGGGAAAGAUGUCUGGAUCGAGACAUCCUUAGAGCAACUGUCACCUUGCAACAGCCUGUGGAGCUGAACGGAGAGGAUGAACUGGUAUUUACUGUGGUGGAGGAGCUGUCUAUUGGCAGCAUUGUAGAUAAGGGUCGGCCAUCCAGCAUUAUCAGCUUUAACAGUGACUGUUCCCUUCAGGCCUUGGCUUCUGGUUCCCGACCUGUCAGCAUCAUCAGCAGCAUCAAUGAUGAAUUUGAUGCCUACACAUCAGCCGUGGGGGGAUCAGAGGUGAACAUUACAAUGGUCACACCUCUCCAGGAGGGAGCAAUGGAAUCUAUCGAUAGCAGGGGUUCAUCCAUCAGUUCUUGGCUAAGUGAGGUUAGUGUCUGCACCUUGGAGAGUGAAGGGGCUCAUUCUGCGGAUGUCUUCCUUCCACAGGCUAAACACAUGGGACCAGAGGCCACCCUUUACUUUGAUUCCAUGGAUAUGUUCCACUGUGUUUCCUCUCCUAGAGAUGCCAAGAACUCCUUAAAUGAUAGUGGGUUUAGUUUUUCUGAAUUAGACAGUGAUAGUGGUGCCUCAAGCAAACUGUCUUUGACAAAGUACCCCCCAUCUCCAGAAUCAGCCAAAGGAUCCCUCAGAUUCACAUCUAAAAUAACUAAAGCUCACUCGCUUAGCUCCUCCCAACUUCCACAGGGCCCCUCCAUAGUCCACUCCAGUCUUCCUAGGAAGAUUAAACCUACCUCAUCCAUCUCUCAUAGUAGCAGCAGUAGCAGUAGCAGCAGUAAAGAGCCAAUAAGACAAGAGGCUAAGCAGGAGGAUCCUUGGCAGCGCAAUGACAACCACUCAGAACCUCAGUAUUCUGACUCUAGCAGCACCAGCAAAUUCCUCAGAAAUCCCCCCAGUGGCAUCCCUUCCAGCAAAACAUCCAACAACAGCAACAGUGUACCUCGCCCACCCAAGGGGCAGGGGUCUACCUCAUCCCAGAGGGUGGUUGAUGGCUGUGAGAAGUCAGCCACUAAGAAUCCACCCAGUAAAAUGCCUCAGCUGAGACGAGGUGCUACCACCCUGGGAACAGUGCCAGUCAUCCAUUCCUCUACAGACUACAAGGGAGCCCAAGAUAUUAUUGCAUCUACCACAAGCCUUAAAUUCUCCUCUCUGGGGAAAAACAACAAGGCUAACUCACAGAAAUUAAGCAAUCUCCCUAAACCUGGUUGCACCUCACCUCCCCCACCUCCAGUGAGAAAGUCCAGUCUUGAUCAUAAGACUAAGACCCUGCUACCCCAAAGUGCCUUAAAGUCAGCAUAUGGGGAGGCAGGAAGGGCCCCGGGAGCAAGGACAGCUAUAUCAGAGGAUGAGCUAGAGGUACGUCACAGAGUAGACUCUACCAAUUUCAAAACCUCCAGCCUCAGCACAGCCAAAGUUACCUCCAGCCUGAAGGCCAGAGGGCCCAGAGGAGAGACUGGACAGCAUUAUGGCAGUCAGAUGUCCUUGGAAAAGUAUGAAAGUCUGUCCUUAUCAGGCUCCAGAGCUGCACUUAGUAGGGAGAAUAGUGGGGCAAGUCUUGGGAGCAGCAGCGGCAAAUCCAGCAAGUCCAUUCCAAGAUUUGGUAUUCCUAAUUCAUCCAGCUCUCCUAUAGCUACUUGUCCAUCAUCUCCAAGUGGAGGAACUCUUGGCAAACCUGGUCAGGUAAAAGCUUCUGUGAAUCCUAGAUCAUUAGGGGCCGUCAGUGGCUGUAAGGCUCGCUCACUGUCAACCAACAACUCCAAGGGUCUCAGCUCCUCCACCAAAUCGUUGGCCGCUCCUGUUACCAGAAAUACCAAUGCCAACCUUCCUCCAUCAGGACGGACAUCAGCUCCUCGAACCACUGUUGCUGCCAGCAGUAAGCCUGGGAGAGGAACUAUUAUGGGCACAAAGCAGGCCAUGAGGGCUGCCAACAGCCGUGUGAGCGAACUGGCAACAGGCAACAUAUCAGGCAAACACAUGAGAGGUUCAGGAGAUUCAGACAGUGGGAAUGACAGUGGGGUGAAUGUGAGUGAUGACAAAUCCCCCAUAGCUAUGCUGCCCUCUCCAUACAGCAAAAUCACAGCACCCAGGCGGCCUCAACGUUACAGCAGUGGCCAUGGCAGUGAUAACAGCAGUGUGCUGAGCGGGGAACUGCCUCCAGCUAUGGGCCGCACAGCUCUGUUCUACCACAGUGGUGGCAGCAGUGGAUAUGAAAGCAUGAUCCGUGACAGUGAAGCCACAGGCAGUGCUUCCUCUGCCCAUGACUCCAUGAGCGAGAGCGGCAUGUCAUCUUCAGGCAGAACAAAGAGCUCCAAGUAUCCCAAGAAGAGAGCAAAUGGCUUCCAGAGAAGACGGCUCAUCCCAGCACCCCUGCCAGACACCUCUUCCCUGGGGAAGAAGGCAGGCACAGCAGGCCAGUGGGUGGACUUGCCUCCUAUGUCUGGACCACUGAAGGAGCCUUUUGAGAUCAAGGUGUAUGAGAUCGAUGAUGUGGAACGGCUCCAGCGGCGGCGUCAGGAGGAAACCGCAGAACAGGACACAUUCCCGGAUGUUGACAAGGGCCUACAGUAUUUUAACAGUAAACUGAAGAUGUUGGAGAGAAGGCAGCAGCAAGUGAGGGAGCUGAGGGCAAAGCACGAAGUGUUGUUGGAGGAGCUGGAAGACACCAAAGUCCGACUGAUGAUGGACCCCAGCAAGUGGUUAGGAGAGUUUGAGGUGGACCAGAAUUUGGAUAAAGAGUCUCCAGAGUACCUAGAGGCUUUGGCACAGGCCACAGAGGAGCUGGAGUUCUGUGUCAAUCUAUGCAAGUCCCGCGUAAUGAUGGUGACCUGCUUUGACAUCAGCAUGCCAACACCUGGUGCUCAGGAGGGACGGCGCGAAGUCGAAGUCUGAGGACUAAAGAAAGUUGAGGUGGAGAAACAAGGAAGUGAGAAAGCAGAGGAUGAUGAAAUGUAGCCGUCGGUCCAUAGAUAUCACCAGAAUGAAGAACAACAAGUGACAGAGAGGAGAUGAGAGUGGAUCUUUUGCAUGAAAACUGAGGAGAUCUUAACCAUCAAGCUACAGUGCCUCGUUGCCCAGGACAUGUUUAAAUGGCAGAGAAAUGAAACGUGAGCACAAAUGCUGUUGCCUGUAUGGCAAGGCAGUGGCCAUCACUUACUCAAAAGUCAAUGAACAACACCUGGAAGUGCCUUUUUUAUCGUUUGGUUUUUUUUUUUUAUUUCUUUUUAAGUCAUUAUUUUUCAUAUGGUGCAGGUAUCUUAAGCAUACCUAAGGAAACCCUGAACAUAUUGCUUUUCAGAAAAAUAUUUUAUAUUGCAUUGUAUAGUGUAUUUAUAUGAUUAUGUGGUGUGUACAAAUAUCCUUUUAAGGGAAAAAAUAAAGUGGAAAAAAGAAAAGCAAUAAGCUAAUGUUAUUGCGCUCCCAGACUUUGCCUUUUCUCUUGUUUCAAACCUCAGUCAACAUUUUAUCCAUGUUCAUUCAGCCUCUUGCGCCUUAUGUUAACUCUCUGGUUCUGUAGUUUUGUAGAUUUUCAAACUGGACUAUGUUAUCUCAUCAAGGACUGCAUUUGCUGUUGUCACUCAUCGCCUGCCAGCUGGCCUGUGAAAGCCAGCAGGGUAGAGUGAACGUUUUUCUCUCCAGUUGCCUUGAUCGAAAUGGGUCUCAGUGGAUGCACUAAGGUAGAGCAGCAGUUACGUUGGGGGACGGAGAGCUUACUCAAGCUGUGCUUGCCCAUGUUUAUCUCACUGAAAAUGAGAGAUUAAGCCAAAACAUAUCAAUCAGAGGACCACUGUGAUGGGUAGUGAGUGAUUAUUCUUGAUUCAGCCAUUCUCUCUGGUGUCUCAGUCCAGUAUGUGGUCAUGCAACCAUGAGAGACUUAACCCACCCUAGACUAGCCUGCUAGGAUAGCAUCAUGAGUGGUUACACUGAUAGCAGUGCUCAUCAGUAAGCCCAAUAUCUCUCCAAAUGGCCUUGGACUGGGUGCAAUCUAUACCCUGUAAAACACUGAGGCACGGAUUAGACUGCACUAGUCUACUAGCCUCUUAUACAGUACAUUUUCAAGCGCUACUAAACCUCGGCUCUAUGCAUUCCAAUACAUUUACUGCAACUUCUGUAAGAACCUCGAUACUAAUUUAAGGGCAGCAACACAUUUUGGCCUCUUUUGUCCCCUGUUCUUUUUAAAAUAGGCAAAUUAGCAAAGUUAAUUCUGUGUCUCAAACAAAGACUCAAGAAUUGUUAGUUUCCUGCGGGAUGAUGCAGUGGAUAAAGGCAAAUGAUCAUGACAUUGUUUAGGAAAAUCAAUCAUGAUAUCAGCUCUUUGUAGCUGCCAGAAUGUGCUCGUUAUGAAUCAAACGGCUGACACAGAGAGAACAAAGAUGAUCCGUGAAAAUGAUUGUUAUAAAAAACAAACUGGCUUUGUUGUAUUUUGGUAUGUUUGAUUUCUAUAUCUAUGACAAAUAUGACUUUGGUUUUCUUUCUUUUACAAAUAUGUACUGUCUCAGGCCCUCUCUGAAGAUGCUGCAUGAGAUUUUUUAAUCAUUUUUAUGAAUGAUUUCUACUCCAUUUUUACCAUUCUAAUUUUUUACAAUAACUUUGGUUUUCACUAAUAUGGGUUUAGGCUCAUAAAUUAAGUAACUAUUACCAAACCAAGACCUUUUUUCCAAGAAAUUAUUAUAUGUAAGGUCACAUUUCAUAUCAAAACCCAUAUUUUCGAAUAUCUUUGUUUUUGUAUAGGAUUUUCAAACCCUGUGUACAAAUGUAUGAUAUGGCAGCUUGUGUUUUACUUUUACAGUACCUGUGAAUAAAAUGUUUCUUCUUACUGAC